AGUGUGGUUCAACUAAACGUGGGUUGAAUUAAAAUUAACAAAAUGGUGGAAAUUUUAUGUGCCGUGGUUGUUUCAGUGAUAUUAGUGUUAAUAUUUCAUUUAAUGAACGGGGGCCGUAAUCCUCCUAUAUUCGGUAUUUAUCAGCAAAGAAAUAAAACGUUUUGGUUUAAAUAUGUUUUAAUGUACAGUUAUCUUAAAGUGAGACAGUUGAUUGUUUAUUUGAAACAUAUAAUUUUGGAAGACACAACCAGCGCUGAGAAUGGUACAAUGCAUGUCUGGAAAUACCAGGCUAAGUUAGAGCAACUUCACGAUCUUGGAGAUUUCGCCAAGUCAGUCGACGGCGUCUACUUUAAUGGAAUGUCAGAAGACGGUGAAGCGAUCGUGUGCGGAUUAGCGAGGAGACCAAAUAGAUGUUGUGAUGCAUUUAUUUAUUUGAAGAUUAAAGACGAGGACCUUCUAUUAACACCUUCCCUUCCUGACACAUGUCUACAAAAAUCGUCUGAUGAUGGAGAGGGUCACAGUGUACAAGGCAUCAGUAUCAAAAACUUUAUUCCCAUGCGAACAUGGAACAUUUCCUACAACGGUGAAAUGAAGACGAAAUCCAACACUAAAGUGCAAGUUAGCGCCGAGUUGGUUUGGAGCGCGCUGUGGUCUCCUUUCGAAUACGACACUCAAAUGUCGGCGAGUUGCAUGGCCGAGGACAUUUCGCGGGAGCCGUGGUCGAGGGACUACUUCAAGUUACUCAAAAAACUGCAUCAGACGCAUUACGAACAAGCGGGUUACAUUUCCGGAAAUGUUAGAGUCAAUGAAAACUCUUACAACAUCAACAUGCCGUGUGUGAGAGAUCGUACUUUUGGUCAAUUGAGGGAGUGGCGUAACUUCCACCGUUAUGUCUACCAUUUUAUCUUUUUACAAAAUGGCGACUUCAUAGCUGUGGGCACUGUGUCUCAGCCUUCAGUUUUAUCGCAUCUGACCAUUGGUUACGUCUGUGUCAAAGAGAAUCAAAGCGUGACCGCUAUAAGCGGCUCCGAUUUCAAGUUGUAUCAACACGGAGAAAACCAAGUGAUGCCCAACGAUUACGGUUUCGUAUUCCAAGCUGGCGGCGAAUCCUACGCGGUGAGAGUGGAAGUGACGGACGAACAAACAUUUUAUAUAGGAAAAGACAGAGAGGCCAAGUUUUACGAGAGGUGGAGUGGAGUCCAAGUUAAUGGAGUCAAAGGCUGGGCUUGUGUCGAGUGGCAUUACAACAACACGGCGCAGAAGUAAAAAUAUUCUUAUAUAUAUUGGUUUUAAUUCAUC